AUGGCGGUUCUCCGGGCAUUUCUCCAGGCAGAGCCGGCCAUGGUGGCGUGCGCGGCGGCGCUACUUUUGGCGGGCGCUCUUCUGUGGCGCCUGGUGACGCGCCGCCGUGUGUUUCUAGUGGACUACUCGGUCUACCGAGCGCCUGACAGCUGGAAGGUGUCCAAGAAGGAGUACGACGUGAUCGUGGCCUCCACCAAUAACUUUGGCCCCGAGUCGCUGCAGUUCAUGUCAAAGGUCCUGGCGCGCAGCGGCCUUGGUGACGAGACCUACGCGCCCCCGUCGCUCACCAACGUGCCCAUGGACCUGACAAUGGCAUCCUGCCGCUUCGAGUUCGAGUCUGUCGCGUUUGGCGCGGUCAAGGACCUGCUCAACAAGGUCAAUGUCAGCCCCAAGCAGAUCGGCGUGGUCAUCACCAACAGCAGCCUGUUCAACACCACGCCGUCCCUCAGCGCGACCAUCAUGAACCACUUUGGGAUGGGAUCCAACACCAUCAACUACAACCUCGGGGGCAUGGGCUGCUCAGCCGGCGUCAUCGCGGCCGACCUGGCGCGCCAGAUGCUGGAGAUCUACCCCAACACCUACGCCCUGGUGGUGUCAACGGAGAACCUCACCUACAACUGGUACCCGGGGACAAACCGCGGCAUGCUGGUCACCAAUACCAUCUUCCGCGUCGGUGGCGCCGCGCUGCUGCUCUCCAACAAGCGGAAAGACAGCCGGCGCUCCAAGUAUGAGCUGCAGCACGUGGUGCGCACCAACCUGGCAGCCAACGACGCGGCCUUCAACUGCGUGUUUGAGGUGGAGGACGAGGCGGGCGUGAGGGGCAUCCGCCUGGCCAAGGAGCUCAUGGGCGUUGCAGGCAUGGCCCUGAAGACCAACAUCACCACCCUCGGCCCCAAGGUGCUGCCAGUGACCGAGCAGCUGCUGUUUGCCGCCAACAUGCUGGCUCGCAAGGUGUACGGCUCCAAGAGGGUCAAGGCGUACGUGCCCAACUUCAAGAAGGCCUUCAACCACAUCUGCAUCCACACAGGCGGCCGCGCGGUGAUUGAUGAGAUUGAGAAGCAGCUGACCCUGGGCCGCGAGACCGUGGAGCCCAGCCGCGCCUCGCUCUUCCGCUUCGGCAACGUCAGCAGCAGCAGCAUCUGGUACUGCCUCGCCUACAUUGAGUCAUACCGCGGCCUCAAGCGCGGCGACACGGUGUGGCAGGUCGGCUUUGGCAGCGGCUUCAAGUGCAACAGCGCGGUGUGGCGCGCCAACCGGCGCAUCCGGGACGCACACCCGGCAUGGGAGGGCUUUGAUGUGGCGCACAUGUAUGACCAGCUCGCCAAGAUGACCUGA